GAAACCGAAGUUUUGUGCCUCCUGAGUUUGAAUUCGUCUAAUUCUAAGAAAGAGAGGGUUUGGGAAGAAUGGGGACAAGAGAGGUAUACGAGGAAAAACUAAGGAAUGGGAAUCUCCACCAUGAUCCAACCACCAACCUUGGCUUAGGCUCCGCUCGUUGCCCUCGUUGCCUCUCUCUCUUAUACCCUGAUUCCGAUAAAGCUGAAUGGACAAUUACGUCAGUUUUGCAUGAUGCUACUGCAGUGGCUGGCUCUGGUAUUGGGGGAAUGCUUAGUGCGGUACAUGGUUUCAACACAGGGAUCCAAUUGCUUCAGAGUCACAUUAAGGGACCAAAGUGGCUCCCUUUUGUAACUGGGAUUCCUCUGCUGCUAAUGUUUUCGGGUGCCAGUGCAGCAUUUGGAGGAUAUGCACUUCCAAAGUUUACUCAACUCACUGUGACUUCCUAUUAUGCUGCCUCAAGUGCCUCACAUUAUGGAAUUUCACUCCUCACACGAUACAUUGAGGAGACCUACGCUUCUUGGAGCCAACAAGAAAGGCUAAGAUGACUUCUUUCUUGCUGGUGCACUUAGCCACUUACUAAAGAUUCUACUUUCAUAGUUCUUUAAGCAAAUAUAAUACCUAUGUGCAUAGAACCUUUAGAUGAAAUUUGCUUUUUGGGGGUUUUUCCUUUUGUAAUUUCUUUCUCUCGUUCUUUCUUUCUUUUCCCCUUCAGAGUGACAUAUUUGUAUACUUCUAAAGUUAAAUAUAAUAGUAAUAUUAUGUUAUUAAGAUUUUUUUCCAUUUGGUAGCAUUGUUGGGUAUUUUUAUGUGAGGUUAGUGAUGAAGGGUGACAUCCUAAUUACAUCAUACUGACAUCUAAUCUUGAGGAAUUUACUUUUGUAUCCAUAUCAUUGACUAAAACUAAACUCUCUUGAUAUCUUAUUAAAGAACUCACUGGAUGCCAUCAUUUCCAUUGUAUGGUAGCGUGUUAUAAACUACUGGGAUGCCAUAUGUUUUAAGAUAGAUUUAAGAAACUCUGUUCUGAACAGAAACAUAGCUUAUAG